AUGCAUUUGAUACCAGGAGUAGGACAAAGUUCCAACCUCACAGUCUAUGCCAACAAUAUAUCGAUUACUGGAGGAGCUAUUUUCAGCGACUGGACAAAUUUAGGAGAUAUUAUGUCGUCUGAUAAUGUCAAUGGAGUCUUAUUGGAUCUGCAAUCGCCAAGGGCUUUUAGGUAUCUGACCAUUACCAAUAAUGGAACAACAGUUAUGACAAUAUGUGAGGUGAAACUUUACGCCAAAGAUUGUGAUGUUGGAAAAUUUGGAGACAGGUGUGUAAACCAUUGCCAUUGCAAAGAUGGCCGAUUAUGUGAUAGUGUAACUGGUGAAUGUUCAACUAUCGGUUGUUCAGCAGGAUGGAAGGAACUAGCUUGUAACAUAUCUUGUGCCCACCAACGGUUUGGACAGAACUGUAGCUCUUCUUGCCAUUGUGGAAACAAUACUGACUGCGACAAGUCUAGUGGUUUAUGCCCUGCCCUCGGUGUAUGUGAGAACGGCUGGAAAAACGACCAAUGUGAUAUAGCAUGUGGUCACCAACUGUUCGGACAGAACUGUAGUUCUUCUUGUCAUUGCUUUAAUGAUACCGACUGCGAAAAAGAAAAUGGUCUAUGUCCUGCACGUGGUGUUUGUGAAAAUGGCUGGAAAACCGAACGAUGCAAUGCGGUUGAGGAUAUCUAUACCUCUUACCUUGUGUUGAGCAGAUAA